CUAAUUUCAUUUUCCCCCUAACAAAAUCUGCUAUGUAGGAUGUUUAGAUUUACACGCAACUAAAAAAAAAAAAAAAUCCCCUUCCCUUAAAGCCUUUUCUUUCUAAAGGGGGCAUUAAAGUAAUAUCCUAUAACUGAUAGACCAAAAAAAACACAGAUCAACGACGGACGCGUCCGUGUCGGAGCUUCAUUUCUCGCUCUGACUGAGUUUUAGGUUUUCAAAAUUUCCCAUUUCUGGUCAAUUUCAAACCCUGAAUUUUUCAAUCAAACAAAAAACUAGGGAUAAUAUUCUGUUGAAUUUGAUUUUUUUUAAAAUUUUUGAAAUGGAAAAAGAAUUAUGCUGAUUAUUUUCAAAGUAAAAAGAAAGUUGUUGUUGUUCUAGUAGCUAAUGAAGAUUACGGAUGAUCUAUUGAGUUAUUCGCCUCCUUUUUGGGCGACUUUUAUAGCUGGAUUGCUUUUAGUCAUUACGCUUACUCUUUCAAUAUAUCUCAUCUUCGAGCACCUCGCUUCUUACAAAAAUCCGGAGGAGCAGAAAUUUUUAAUCGGAGUUAUUCUUAUGGUUCCUUGCUAUUCCAUAGAAUCAUUUGUAUCACUGGUGAAUCCAUCAAUCAGUGUUGAUUGUUCAAUACUACGUGAUUGCUAUGAAUCGUUUGCCAUGUAUUGCUUUGGAAGAUACCUUGUUGCUUGCUUAGGUGGCGAAGAGAGGACUAUUCAAUUCAUGGAAAGACUAGGGUAUGCAAGUUCUUUAACUCCACUAUUGGACCUCGAUUGUGAUAAGGGAACUGUUAAGCACCCUUUUCCAAUGAAUUAUUUCCUAAAACCAUGGAAACUUGGUCAAUGGUUUUACCAGGUUAUCAAGUUCGGCAUUGUCCAAUAUAUGAUAAUCAAGUUAUUGACUGCACUUUUAGCGGUAAUUUUUGAAGCUUUUGGUGUAUAUUGUGAAGGAGAAUUCAAAUGGGGAUGUGGGUAUCCUUAUAUGGCUGUGGUUCUUAAUUUCAGUCAAUCAUGGGCUUUGUACUGUUUAAUUCAAUUUUAUACUGUCACAAAGGAUGAACUGGCAUACAUAAAGCCUUUGGCCAAGUUUUUGACAUUUAAAUCAAUCGUGUUCUUAACUUGGUGGCAAGGCGUGGCGAUCGCCCUUUUUUCUGCUCUUGGUCUGUUUAGAAGUCCAAUUGCCGAAAGCUUGCAGCUUAAGUCAAGCGUCCAAGACUUCAUAAUUUGUAUAGAGAUGGCCAUUGCUUCUGUUGUUCACAUAUACGUUUUCCCAUCUGAACCUUAUAAACUAAUGGGAGAUCGUGUUCCUGGAAGUGUUUCAGUCCUUGGAGACUAUGCAUCUGUUGAUUCCCCUCUGGAUCCUGAUGAGGUUAGGGACAGUGAAAGACCCACAAAGCUACGCCUGCCUCAGCCCGACAUAGAGGCUCGAGGUGGAAUGACCAUCAAAGAAAGUAUGAAGGAUGUAUUCAUUGGUGGUGGUGAAUAUAUUGUAAACGAUGUAAAAUUUACGGUAAACCAAGCAGUUGAGCCUGUUGAGAAGGGGAUCAACAAGUUCAAUGAGAAACUACAUAAAAUCUCUGAAAACAUAAAGAAGCAUGGCAAAGACAAGAAAAAGACGAAGGAUGAUAGUUUCAUUACCCCAUCCGCACGGACGGUAAUUCGUGGUAUAGAUGAUCCCUUCUUAAAUGGUAGUAUGAGUGAUAGCGCGGUUGCAAGGGGAAAGAAACAUCGUGGAAAAUCCGGAUAUACCAAGGAAAAAUCAGGACAUACAAGCGGGGAAAGCGGAGGAGAAAGCAGUAGCGAUCCGAGCUAUGGUAGAUAUCAGAUUAGGGGCCAUAGAUGGGUUACAAAGGAUUAAAACUUAGAUGAAUAAGUAGCUAUCCGGACAUACAAGACACGUGAGAGAUUCAGGCAGACAUCACCCUUCCAUCCAUAGCUUGUGGGCCGGCUAGCAUGGUUGAAACACUCAAGAGCAUUGUUUCUGCACGAGGUGACUGAAAAUUUCAUUUGAAUUUGCUGCUGUCGGUAUAAUAUCCGUCAACCGAGCCGAUCAUUUAUGCAGGGGAUUUAUGGAAACGGGAGAUUUAGUGUAAUAGAUGUGUUAUAUAAUUUUUACUAUGGCUUGGCUAUCUCAUACAUGAUUGGGACAUUUUUGCUCAUGUUUUUAUGAGCUGAUGUCUGAAUGUCUUAAGGCCGAGCCAAGCUUUCACUAAUGUCUAGAAAUCGUUGCCCAGAAAGUUUUGGACUGAUACUGCUACUGUAUUCUUGCUCUGGAUAUAUGUAUAUACAUACGUAUAGAUAUAAGCACAAUAUUUGAAACGUUACUAAUUCAUAUUAGAUAUUCUUUAUGCAUA